UAAAAAGUGGUUAUGCGCACGUGUUCAACGAGGUUGAACUUUCAAAGCGAUCGCACUUAAGAGCUACGCAGAAAAUUAUCAAAAAAGUUUUUUCGUGUCUCUUUAACCAUUCGAACGAAGUAAACUCCCGGUUCUUGAAAUGGAGGUUAACGUGGGCGACGUAGUGAUGCCAGGUGACAGUAUAAGGAAUAUCAAAAAGGAAGGAAAGGAGGAGAAGGAGACUAUAAUCCUAGGUCCUGGAUUGCGCCGUGAAGACGACGUCGUGUACAUCUGUAAAGCGGGUGUCCUGAGGAAACGAGAGCCGGUCGUGUACUACGUGGACGGUUAUCAAAAACGAUACAUCCCAAGUCGAGGCGAGAACGUGAUUGGCAUAGUGACGCAGAAGAGCGGCGACAUUUAUAAAGUGGACAUAGGCGCCAGCGAACAGGCGACGCUCUCCUACUUGGCGUUUGAAGGUGCUACGAAGAAGAAUCGACCCGACUUACAGGUCGGCGAUGUAGUGUACGCCAAGCUGUUGGUCGCUAGCAGAGACAUGGAACCGGAGUUAGUGUGUGUGGAUUCACAGGGCAAGGAGAAUGAACUCGGUCAAUUGAGCUCGGAUGGCAUGAUGUUUACGUGCUCGCUGAGUCUCGUGAGAAAAUUGCUCAAUCCUGACUGUCCGUUGUUCCGGAUGCUCGGUAGGAGUCAGGCAUACGAGAUUGCCGCUGGAAUGAACGGCAGGAUAUGGAUUAAAGCGCGAACGGUCCAAGAGACGAUAGCCGUGGCAAACGCUAUUCUUGCGGCAGAAUACACGUUACCCAGUGAAAUGCAGAAACUCUGUUCAAAAAUUGAGAAAACGUUGCUUCUAGUGAUGUAACCAAGUGUAUCAGCAGGACUGGACCUUCAAGUGUGGCAGUAUUACAUAUAUAUAUAUAUAUAAAAUAUAUGAUGUAAUAUCGCCUCUCAAAGUGAGCAAAUUCAUUUCGAAGCAAAUUCGAUUUACAAGACUAUAUUAAAUAUAAAACUGUCUAACUUACUAUGCAUAAAUUUAGAAGGCUAAUAUUUGUUAUUAUCAAUGACAAUGAAAGUUGUUUUAAUAUCUGUACGGUUUUUAUAAAUAAAUCUGAUUGUAAAUAUAUACUAAUAUUAUUGAUAUGUAUGUAUAAAAGAUUUAAUCCCUGUAUUUUAUAAAAUUGUUAUAUGGAUAAUUACAUCCUGCUGUAACAAUUUAUUCUGCUAACAGAUGAAAAUUAUUACUAAAAUAUUCUAUUAUUACAUCAACACAUACAUUAAUGGAAAUAGCAAAUUUAUGGCGUGUAAAACACUAGCAUGCAAAACAAUGCGAUCAUGGAUAAGUAGAAAUAAAAUAACUCAUCGCUUCAUAGGAAAUUCAAUGUUUAAUUUUGCUUAACAAAGGAAACUUGGUGUCAUUUAGAUGUUACAACACAUACCGUAUAUUACGCUAGUAAUCGCAAACAGUACCGAUUAUAGAUACAAAGUGCAGAGCGCUGCUGAUUAAGAGUUUUUUUUUUUUUCAAUUGCAGCUCACUGAUAUGUGCCUAGUGUAAUACUUCUCAUGGCUCCCAUGAAUCGACUACGUACGUAUAGUCUAGAUAAUAGUGUGAUCCCAGCAAACACAAAGUAACAGGUAAUAUACAUGUUAGUUAUAAUU